AUGGGAAAGAAGCACAAGAGUAAAAAGCAUCACAAGAAAGGCAAUGAUGCCGGUGAGGGUAAGCCAUGUUUUGAACAAAAUCUCGAAUUUUAUUGUUGAUCACGAACAUUCGUCCACUCACGAGACAUGCUGAACAUAGAGCUAGAAAAUCUCAAUACCACGUCUUCACAUUUUCAGAGAAAUCCGAAAGGUUAGAAAAAGCUGAUAAAGGAGAGAAGCCGAUCAAACUUGUUCUUAAAGUUGGAACUAACCAAGAAAAAGUCGCUGCCAAGCAAGAGUCGCCAAGUUUAGCGAGCAGAACCUCGCUAAAUCCAGAGAAAAUGAAAUCUAAAGAACACUCUUCCAAAAAGAAGAAGAAAAAGAGAUCGUCUUCAAGAGAGAGAAAGAAACCCAAGAUGGAUCAUGCUUCUAGUGUGAGGAUUCAAGAAAUUGUGUUACAACAUUCCAAUAGAGAGCACACAUGUUUUGUGUUGUGUUGUGACUAAAGAAAAUAAUAAUUACCAAGUCUAGACGUUUUGUGAGUGAGCAGAAGUCAUUGUAGGGAUCGACAUAAUUUAAAAGAAUUCUUCCAAUAGGCACCCAGCAAUAAAAGUUUCCUUUAGUUUGAGAAUCCAGUUCUUUCUGUUUGUUUUUGAUUGUUGGUUCAGUUUUGUUUUGCUGCCCUUGGUUUAUUUUCAUUGUUUAAUCCAAUUAAAUGUAAUUUGCUUACUAUUGAUAACAAUGCUAACCCUUUAACUCCCAAGAUCUGAUUGUUAAUUCUCCUCUCUAGCUGCUACAAAUAUCCUUGUAAAUUAGCCAUGAGAAUUUGGUGUAAGAUCAAAAUAACAACUUCUACCUAAUAAGUUUGAAUAUUCUCAUUACUCGUUUGCUAGAUAAUGUAAGGAUAUUAUAAGGAGAAGUUUCAUGUUGAUCACUUCUGGGAGUUUAAGGUUUAAAAGAGGUUAACUCCACCCUCUAGAUCCUUUAUGUAAUUUUUUUUAACUUCUGUGCAGGACCUAGUGUUGUAGUUUUGGGAAAUAAUUGUAGCAAUGGAUUGAACAAUUUGUUAUUAUUUAUUUCUCUGCAGGCUUGUGCUUCACCCUCAUCUGUUGGUGGCCAUGAGAGAUCAAAGAAAAAAAGAGACAGACAAGAGAUGGAAGGAGAAAGUAGCAGUGUCAAUGAGGCUGAGAGACCCAUAAAGAAAAUCUACAUUAAACCAAUUGAACCACCAAUCAGGUAUCAACAAGUGAAGUGAAUAUGGUAGCUUAUUUUUUGUUGAGUAUUAUUUUUUUUGAGGGAUUAAGUCCUUACUACAUUUUGUAACCUUAUUUGAUUUGUUUUAGGAACAGUCCAGAGGUUAAAAAAGUGAGUGGUAAGUUAGAUUAUUUUUUAAUAAUUAUUAUUCAGUGUAGGUGAUAACAUCAUCUGAAAUUAUGGUGCCAAUUCAUCAUUCAUUUACCUGUCUGUCUAACAAAAACAAAAUGGAAUUUAAGUGUACUUUGAGCUCAUUAGCAAGGUAUCAUGGAUACUUCAUCCAACUUUUGAACAAGGUCAAGGCCAAGAUCAAGUCUUUCACUUUGAAUAUAGCUAACAGCCUUUCAGGAUUAAGAAUUUUGAAUGUAUAAACUAGUAUAGAAUGCAUUGUAUUAUUAUUUGAGAACAUCAGGCUCAUUUUGACAACAUAAUUUGGAUAACACCUCAUAUUUGCAGGAGUGCAGUUUUGGUGCUUGCAUCAACAGCAAUAAUGAUAAUAUCACAUGCUUCUAUCAAAGACUUAAAUUACUGAUGGGAUCAUUGAUAGAUUUUAAUGGAGCAGAGGGGGAUGGAUGUUAAUUUUUGACCUGAUUUGAUUGUAUAUUAAGGAAAUUACUAAAAGGUUUGUACAGUUGUAUCUGAAAGUCUGCUAUCUUUUCCUAAAAUUUUAUUUUAAAGGUCAUAUACGAGAACCAGAGAUCUCACCAUUGCAGCUAUGUUUGGAAAAUGUACAUCGUACCCUUCAGAGGUCAGCCAAUGCUUAGUUUUUGACUCCUUGAUAAUGAACUAUUGGGGUGCAAGUGUGUGUAUGUCAAGACAGGCAAAUAAGCUUUCAUGGAUCUAUGUGGAAUCUUAAUGAUCAAAAUACUAGUCUUAUUCUGUUAGUGUAAUGACAUGUGGAAUACCCUUAACUGUGCCCCUUAUCUCGUUUACAAAAAUAAACAUUUGGCAGAGGCUUAUCCACACUUUUUUGUGUUGUAUAUGCCUGGUACUUUGUCUUACAUGGAUAGCUACCUGUUUCUUGCCUUUGCAAAUCAUUCAAAACUCCAAGUACACCCAAGGGUUUUCAGAUCCAUGUUUUACGGGGUUUAAGGUAUGUGUCUAAAAAUCAUUACAAAUAACUGUGUAACAAAAUAAUAUUUUGCUCUUCACAGGAAGGAUACCCAGGGAUUCUUUGCUUACCCUGUGAAUGAUACCAUUGCUCCAGGGUAUUCUAACAUUAUCACACACCCAAUGGACUUCAGCUCCAUGAAAUACAAGAUUGAUUCUAAUGAUUAUCUUUCUAUUGAGCAGUUUAGGGUGAGUAAAAAAAACAAAGUUUGAGAAAUUGACUCUGUUGUGCAUGUUUGCCAGAAUUGAAAUUUGUUAUUCAUAAUAAAUGUACUUCUCUUAUGAAGGAGACAAGAUGGCCUUGAGUGGUCAGUAUGCUGGACUCCCAGUUGAGAGGUCUGAGUUCGAGAACCACUUGAGGCAUGUUGUUGUGUUUUUGGACAAAACACUUCACUCCCAUAGAGCCUCUUUCCACCCAGGAGUAUAAAUAGGUAUUGUCAAAUUUUCAGGGAAGCCUGAUGAAAUGCUAGGAGUAACCUUGUGAUGAGCUAGCAUCCCAUACAGGGGGGAGUAGUAACACUCCUGGUAUGGAAACAGUCCAGUUGGCUCCAAUACAGACUUGCCCAUGUUUCUCUUGCAGGAUGAUUUCUACUUGAUGUGUAACAAUGCAAUGGUUUACAAUGCACCUGAGACAAUUUACUACAAAGCAGCUAAAAAGCUACUUCAAACAGGAUCUAAACUUUUGUCACCUGUAAGUUUUUUAACAUUAUGGAACUUUUUCUUCAUAAUUAUUGCCAGAUAAUGCUUAUUAAUACAUCCACACUGAUUUACUGGCUCUUUUCACAGUUUUUUUUAAUUCCGGAUUUUUCCCUGUAUUCUUUCAGUUUUGGUUCCUUUGUAAAUCUUUCGUCCUAUCCUUCAUUUCAUGGUUUCCUGCUGUUUUCUUUUGCUUAUUCAUUUUUGCAUUUAUUCAUUCAAAUGUAUUAAUUCAACAAAUUCAUUCUUUUUUUAUUUCCAUGUGAUAUACAUGUGCAUAUUUAGCAAAUACCUACAGUGUACACUGCAUGAUUAUGCAUUUUUUAUACUAUUUUGAAAAUGUAGAGUGAAAGGACAGCUAAGCUUAAGCUUUCUUUAUGGAAAUCAGAGUCAGUUAUGGUAGAAUCCACUUUUAAAAUAGGAAUUCCAGCAGUUUGAAACAUUGAAAACUCUUCCUUCAUAACUCAGUUCAUUACUUUAGUGUUUGUACUCAAUUUCUGUUUUUUAUUUUAAUUGACAGGAGAAAGUGAGAAACAUGUAUCACAGUAUUGGGUUUUCUGUACCAGACUAUGAGGGUAAUGAAUCAGAUGGGCGUGGCUCAGAUGAACCAAUUGACGUUGAUACAGUAGACACAGAGGAAAACCAUGUCCCACAGUCAACAAAAAGGACUAAGCCAAGGUAACACAAUUUUUUUUUUGCUUAUAUCCUUCCAGUCAGUUUCUGGUACUCCUUACUGAAGAAGAGGGGUGGAUCAUUCUGUUUGUCUGCUGGUCGGUCUAUCAGUCUCUAGGUCUGUCACUCUGUAUGUCUGUUAGUCUGGCUGUCUACUGGUCUGUCUGUCUGUCUGUCGUUCGUCUUUCAAGAAUAAGGGAGUUAACAUAUCUCUAGUUUUUGAAAAGGUGGUUGUGGUAUAUUUAACUCUCUAUUUUUAUCCAGGAUUGAUUCAAAGCACACCUCUGCUAGUAGAAAAAUUCUGGCUCAAGUUCAGGAGGCAUCAAAACGUAUGGCAGCUGAGUUGGAGGCAAAACAUGCCAAUAGUAAGGUAUGCUGAACAGAUAAUGUGCCAGCCUCUAUAACGUGUCCUCGCUAGAAGAAAGACGGUGAUCACCAUCCCUGAUCCCAACAGCUGGAAGAUAAAAAUCCCUCUGUUUAGAAUCUUUGGCCAUAUUUCCUAUUGACUAUACGGAAGUGUCGCUUGGAAGAGCAAAGAACGAAAUUUGCGCAUUUCGUUUGCAUUACUUUUGCACAAUACUGUAUUGAAUAUCCCCCUUGUGACUGUCUCUUUACUGUUAUACUGUUAGUAGAAUUUUUCCACUACUUGUAAACGUUUGUGGUGAUUUACAGGUCGGUUUUCUACGUCGAGACAAAGACGGAACUACGACUUUAGCUGUAGUAAACCCAGUGGACUCUGAAGGUACAGCAUCUGAUGCCAGUUUCAACCAUCCUUGAAAACCUAUUUUUACGAAAGAAAAAUCACUAAAAAGUUAUCACGCCCUAACUUCUUUUUUCAUUUCCUUUGCUGUUUCAGUUCCAGAAUAUCUUAACGUUAAUCUCGGAACACAGCUUGGCAAAGUCGUCAAUGGCUCACACACGACCGCUGGCUUCAAGGAAGACAAAAGAAACAAGGCCACACCGGGUACGAAUGCGCCCGUACCUACUUCGGUUUUCUUUUUUUUUUUUCUUUUCUUUUUGCUUUUUUAACCCUUUCUCAAAAUGUAAAGAUCACUUCUUCACACUGUCUACGAUACAUUUAUUUGCUGUGAGAAUUUUUGUGCUAAAUCAAACACUAUUCCAAAGUUGAUGAUUUUCUUUAUUUGAUCGUUGUAUUAUUUUAUCAGUCUUGUGUGUUGAUAGUCCUGGACACCUCUUUUUCGUUUUAGUUUCAUACUUGAUGUAUGGACCUUAUGGCUCGUUCGCUCCCACGUACGAUUCUUCCAGAGCCACAAUAACAAAAGAACACUCAGACUUGCUUUACAGCACCUAUGGUGAUGACACUGGUAUACAUUACGCCAAAAGGUGAGAAGGCGAGGAUAUGACCUGGGUUUUAAUACUGAGAUCUCGGGCACUCCUUUUCUUAACCCUUACACCAUAACUUCACUUUGCAUUUCCUCCAUGCUGUACUCUAUACAUUUCGAAAGAUGCUAACAAGGAGAAUUUUUUUUUAACAAGUUUACAAUUUUUUUUUUCGAUGUGCAGUCUUCAAGCCUUUGUCAAGGACGCUUCCUCUUUCUCACAUGAAGCUGUGGAUAGGCUGCUGGACGUUCUGACCGAAGGAGCACAUUCUAAAUACGUGAAACAUAUUGCUGAGGUAAGACUUAGCGAGCUGUGCGAAGGUUGGUCACUAGACGCAUAGUCGCCGAGUUGUAAUUUGUCCUCUCCUUGCAUGUAUUUUUUACUAAUUUAUUUCCAUUCAUUUCUUUUUUUUUUCUCAGAAAGAGAAGGCCGAGGAAGAAAAACAAGCUAAAGAGAAUCAAAACAGUGAGCAAAAAUCGGUGGUUACAGUUUCUUCAAGCGAGGUGCAUUUAAAUGCUUCUACGGUUUAUAGCCGAUACUAAUAUCAAUCAAUUAGGACUGAAAAAAUGAGAAAAAUCCUGUGUAGAGAUAAGCAGCGAUGAGCCUUUACCCAUUACACCCUAACAUCAGUUUGCAUAUUCACCAUACUGUUCUCUAUACAUUUCCUCAGCUGCGGCAAAGAGAAUUUUUUUAACAAUCAAGGGCUGCUUUAGUUGGUGAUCAUUUUCUUUAUUCUUUUGACCAAAAUUCUUCACUCAGGGAUGGUAUUGUUGGGAGAAAUUAAAUGCUAGUCACUCAUUGAGCAACGAUUUACCAUCAGUUCACGUAGGGUUGUCACGUAGUAUUGCUGCGUCCAAACACAUACUCCAAACUCUUGUUUACUUACCAACUUAAUUAAAUCCUUUCCUUACAUUCUGUCGCAUAUAAUGGUAGCAUUAAGUGCAUUCUAUCUUUUUAGGCUUAGAGCUUUUUUAAAUUUGAACAUUUGCCUGUUGUUUCGCUUCAGAAAAGCCAAGACGUCAAUAAGACAGUCGCUGUUUCCACCGCGGAAACAAGUGUUAAUUCUAAGGUAUGGUAACUUUUUUUGUCUCUAGUUCGCAAACAACUUGUGCUCACUUGUGUUAAAAGAUUGAUUAUUAUUCAUUUCUAGGUACUGUUUUAAUCUGGUUAUUAGUGUUUCACCAGUUUACCUUCUGCUUCAACAAACCUGUUGUUCCAACCGAUUUCCUGCCGUAUUGAGACAAGUCUAUAUGUUUUCUUUCUAUUGUUUCUUGUCAAACUGUCGCACGUACAAUUAAAUUCCCAAUUGCUUUCCGAUAUUAGUUAAACGCACAUGUACCUCGCCAAUCACAUUUCUUCGCUGUUCACUGUAAUAAUUACAACGCGCCAAAGUGAGGUAGUCUUUUUUUUUUUCUUCCUCAUUUUGCAUCCACCGCCGGCUAUUGUUUAUACAUACGCCUUACUGUAAGUACGUAGAUGUUCAAGACAGGAUUUGAAUAUCGCCAUUUUAAGGCAGACGAAAGUAAACGUAACACGUCAUCAAGGAAAACUUGAAACAAACUGUUGGACUGGUGAAUUGAUCUGUAGUUUUGUAAACCGUUCGCUUCUAUUGUUCACAUGGCCUUACGUGAACUUAGUUAACAAAGAAACGUGCUAUAACGUGAUAAUCGUGACAAUAGACAGAUUAAAAAAUAGUUUUAAUUAAAUGAGUAAAAAGAUAGGUAGACAAUGGUGACACCAUAAGGGAGUAACGAAACCUACAUUCAUUUUUUAUUCUACAGGCUACUUUAGCAACUUCUACUUCAGAUUCUUCGUCUUCUGGUAUGUUUGCAUCUCAUUAGUAGUUUGAAUUGUUUAUUUCUGAGCUAUUUACUUGCAGCUGUUUUCAUCCGCUCACACUUUUACUAAACUCUUUUUUUCUCUUUUUUUCCACCACAGGAGGUGCGCCCAAAAUUGAUUUCCAAUCUCUCCUGAGUCUUGCGGACGAAGGGAUCGAUGUAUCUUUUCUAAAUUCCCCAGGUACAAAGAAUAUAUUGUUGCUGAAAUUUACGAUUAUUAUACGAUUAUUAAUAUUAAAUUAGUAUAAGGCGAGCGACUUUGCGAGUCUUUGUGAAUGAAGUGGCUGAUAAGGAGUUUUUUCCUUUUCUUCAUUCUCUUCCUUCAGGUUUGUCAAGCAGUGAGUCACUAAGGUGUGUUUCCAUUCACCGCUUAAGUCGUGAAUUUGUUUAUCAUUUUUUUCUCGCACAACUUAUAACAGACUUUUUCUAAUAAAUAUCAUAUCUGGCCUCUAGCUCUUUACUUUCGGACAAAUUACACGCCACUGGCAAACUGUUAGAUGACCUGCAAGAGGUACAAAGUGCCCGACUAAGUCACAGACCAGAUGGCCCCGCAGGGCUCACCCCUGAAGCAGCCGUUAGACCCUCCUCAAAAGAAAAGCUUUUAGGUGAGAAGAUGAUUUCCCUUUUUUUUCUUUUUUUUUUCUCAACUAGUUUCGAAAAAGUGCGCAGAGAUGUCAUUUAAAAUAUGUUUGUAAUUUUCUCCUUGAUCCCAAUCAGUUAGUAACAAGGUCUUAGCGCUUUGUACUACUCGGCCCAGAAUCUUUGUAUAAUUCUUUGCGGAGAAACUGCGUGAGUGAAGUUUCUUGCCCAAAAGCAAAACAGAGAGAGUCUGAACGAGGUCGGACUGAGCCACAGAAAGUUCGAUCCCUAGACUACCGCUCAUACCUUUGACCGUUACAACAAAUUUUUACACAGACACAGCUUUACUCAAAGUACUCUUUCCGUUUAGCAAAAUGUUGGUUUAUCCUCUUACCUGGUUAUGCUUAAGGAGAACCAGUUUGUAAUUCAAUUGUCGUUUUAGAUUCUUCACGUUGUACUUAACCGACUUUUUUUUAAUCUAACUUAGCGGAUCACGUGACGCAGAAUCUAAAAGAUCUUACUGCGCAGGUAAGUGCUUUAAAAUGAGCAAAAUUGUUCCCUGUUUGUCGCAGAUGUUGUUGUGAUUGUUUAGUUUGGAAUUUGAGAGUAGGAUGUUGGAACAUCAGCCCGCAUCUAAGCUAACAAGUGUCUAAGCGCAAAUUUUUCCUUUACAAGGUUUCACUUGUUCAAAGAAGUGAAAAUAUCAGUCCUUUAACAAGGAGACUUCUAAGGACGAACCUUUUUCGUGCAGAUGAUCUGGCUGAUGCAGUUGUGUAGGGAACUAUAAAGGCCUGAUAAAGAGGAAUUCUGCUCCAGAAAAUUCUCCGUGAUAAGUAUUCUUGGAGAAGUUCUGGCUGAUGUAGAUAGCAAACACCAUUUCCUUCAUGAGCUUGCUUCUUUGAACAAUCCACGCUAAUAUCUCCCGAAAUUUUUUAGCAUGUUUUUCUCCCUCUUUUAUUUUUAAUGGCAGAGAAUGCUUCACUUAACAAUAAAGUUCUUAGAAUUGUUCUCGAUUUUACACUUCUAAAUCUUUGUAGGCUUGUCCAGAAGAUGUCACGUCGCUUGGAGGUUUACGUGCUGCUAUCGGCGUCGGACUGGUACCCAAUCUUACGUCAAAUCAGCAGCAGAAAUCUGAAGGAAACACUGUUAGCGAUAAGAGCGGUCCUGAAGCUCUCACCGGUGAGUGAUUUUGUGGUUUUUGAUAUCUUACUUGUGCUGAACUGCGUACGUUUACAUUCGUUUCUCUUUUCUUUGUGUUUGUCGUGUUAUUUGUAAUCAUUUUUUCCUUCAAAUUAUUUUCCUUUUAAUCAUUCACUUUGCAUGUAGUAAAGUUCACAAGGCAAACAGGUAGACAAUCAGACAUGGUUUGACGCUACUUUGGCUACAGACUUUUUAUGGCAAAUAGGAUGGUGAGACUCGAAAGUGAGACAUUCGUUAGUGUAAUUGGGUUUACGAUAAACACUUAUCUCUAAAUUUCCCUGUACCGCCCUGCACACAUUUAAAUCAAGAGAGGGCAAGUGUUUAUCCUAUUUACGCACAUGGGUGAAUUGGAUAGACGGCUUCACUGAAUUCAAAUGGAUUGGAGGCGUUCCGCCUCAUUUCCGGAUACCGCAGAAAUAACAUCAUCGACACGUCAUUUCCAGAAAAAGGGCUAACGCCUUUUUUUCACGUCUUCCAUAACCAUAUUAGCAAUGACAGCAGAGACGGGUGAACCCAUAGCUGUACCAAAAACCAGUUGAUAGUAGGUACCGUUGUAUGCAAAUUGCGUGAUUUUGUGGCAAAAAGACACCAGAUGAGUUAUAUCCUCCACAGGCAAAGAAGUUCUUUGUCCUAGGGAAGCGUCUUCUCUGAGUCUCUCCUCCGCAAUUUUAACGACAAGAUCAAGUGGGAUUUUAGUGGAGAGCGAAACAACGUCGAAAGAUACCAAUUUUUCACCAGCGUUAAGAGUUUUGUCCCUGAUGAAAUCCGCAAAUUCGCAGGAAUUUUUGACUGUGUAAUCAGUACUCCCAACAACAGGCAACGAAAUUCUCACAAGAUAACAAGAAAUUGCUUCAGUCGGAGAAUUAGUAAUAAUUCUCAAUGGAAUUCCCGGUUUACGAAUUUUAGGUAAGCCGUGAAAACGUGAAUAUAAGCCGUCACCACUAUGUAACAUUUUGUGCGCACAUUCACUAAUCUUACUAAUCUUAUCACGAUUAAUCGACGUUACCACCAGCGCCUUUGUUUGGAAGCCUGGCAUAUCAACUCCGCCCGCCUUCCUUUAAAUCGUGAUGAUGGCAGAUGAGUACCUAACACCUAUUUACUCCUCUCAGAAUAAAGGGCAGCUAAUAAGUGAACAUAUAACAGGCCUCUUGUUACAGCGAUUAGAUCACUCCUGAUGAAGGCACGAGAAAGUUACAUCGAAACAUUGGGUCUAUGAAUUGUAACAUCUCGGUUACAUUCAUUAAAUCUUUGAACCAGAGUAGCAUCAAACCAUGUCUCGUUCACAUUGUUUACACAACAAGCAAACUCUGCUGGCUGUUGUCUCUUCCUCUUUUAACUAUGUUGUAAUCUCAUUGUUACGGUGCGCUUGUUCUCUCUUUUAAGAUUCUUCAGAGCAAGCCAUGGACACUACGGAUUCUAAACUAAAGACAUCAUCGGAACAGACCUGAGGCAAUCCCACACCUACAUUAACUUUCACCUUAAGGCCUUAUUUAUUAACUAUUAAGAACAAAAACUCAGAUCCCUACUGUAUUUUUUAAUUUGUUUAACAAUAAAAAGUGCCAGUUUCAAAUCUUGGUCGAAGAUUUCUUGCACAAGUUGAUAGCUCGAGCGGUUCCUUCGGUCAUACUUUCUCCGCUAUGACAAAAGGAAACAUAAAUGCUUGAGAGAGAGCCUCCUGAAAUGGCAGUCUGGCGGUGAGACCAAGUAUGUUGCGACACACAUGUAUUCAGAAAACGAGAACAUGUAGUAUUUCACAUUGAAACUUCUCGUGGACUUGCUUAUAAUUUCGAAACCC